UAUAAGGACAACUUUUCGCCGAUUGAACUUAUUCUUGUGUUCCAGCUAAUCAACAAAACAUCUAGUUCUAGUUCAAAGUCAGACUCUGACGAAGUCUCACUAUUAGGGCUCUGACGAAGUCUCACAAUUAGGAUUCUGACGAAAUCUCACUAUUAGGAUUCUGAUGAAGUCUCACUAUUAGGACUCUGAAGAAGGCUCACUAUUAGGAUUCUGACGAAGUCUCACUAUUAGGACUCUGACAAAGUCUCACUAUUAGGGCUCUGACGAAGUCUCACUUUUAAGGCUAACCUUCAAGUCCAACGUUUGUAAAAUGUACAGAUACAGUCAUCUCUAUUUGGUCGGGGUCGUGCUGCUUGGUGUGGUCAAGUCUGAGGUGAUCUUCGAAGCGGUGAAGUUAGACUGGGUUUGGGAUAACCCCGGCAUGAAGGAUCAGUACAUAGCCAGUGGGGAUUAUGACCCUCAGUUUUGCCAUAUCUCUGGAGUGCAAUACGACAGCUUCUCUGGCGACGUCUUUGUCACCGUGCCUCGGCUCAAAGCAGCUAAAGGCGUCCCUGCAGGUUUGAACCAAAUCUCACCAAACAAUCUUCUAGAGCCAUUUCCAAACUUUGAGGCCAACAAACUCGGAGAUUGUAAAGCCCUUCAGCUGCCCAUGAGCGUGGCAGUAGACCCCAGGAAGAACCUGCUUUAUGUGAUUGACGUAGGUCGUGUUGGGGUGACAACUGACCACCCGUCCAACUUGUGCCCACCCAAGUUGGUCGUGUACACAACUUUACGAGGAGAUAUGGUCAGAAGCCACGAGCUGCCGGACAGUGUCGUACCCCACACGUCCAGCUUCCUUAAUGAUUUGGUCCUGGACUACGUUGACCCUGAACAAACGGAAGGAGCUAAAUAUGUGUAUAUUUCUGACACUAUAGGUGAACAGCUGGUUGUAUUUGAUUUAACAAGUAAUGAGACUUGGAGCUACAAACACAAUUCCAUGAGAUUUGAUAACGAUAGCAACAUUAACAUCAUUGGUGUGAACUACUCAUGGCCAUACGGCAUCAACGGCAUCGCCAUGUCGCCCAGCUUUAACUACGUCUACUACUCAGCACUGGGCUCCAAGAAACUUUGGCAGAUACCGACUUGGGUUUUACGGAAAAAUGAUUCUGACUUUAGUAGUUACGUUCGAUAUGUGGGAGACAAGGUCUCUAACUCUGACGCCAUGGUCUUUGGUAAAAGGAGUUUGUAUUAUGGCGCAUUAUCAAAAGAUGCUGUUUAUAAGUGGAAUGCUGAAAAAGAUUUAAUAGAUCAAGGUGUUACUGAAGGGGAAGUAAGGGCAGUAACUCAGGUCCCGAUCAUUCAAAACUGGGAGACAAUCCAGUGGCCAGACGGUAUUGCCCUUGGAUCAAGAUACAGUGAUGAGAACAGACUCUACUUUGUAUCCGCCAGAGCCCAGCUAUUUCAUUCUAACGCACUGGACUUCAGCGGCGCCCAUGGGGCGAACUUCAGAGUGUUCAAGGUGGCAGUCGACGAAGAGAGUUACCUGGCUGAAAGUGACAAAGACAAGUUACCUAUUGCCGUGGUGGUAGGAUAGUAUCAGGUGGUUGUUCCAAACUGUAUAUAGAUCUAUAUAUUUAUAUAACAAGAUGCACAAUAAAUGUCAUUUCAUCAUCA